GUUGAGUGAGUGAGUGAAAUUUAGUAAUCCAUUUUAAACCAACUUAAAAUUAUUGUAAAUUCUUCGUGUUUAAUUAAUUUUGUAUGGGGUUAAACGAGUUCAAUCUCUUACUUACUAAACGAGUUUUCGCUAUAGAAUUGUUAACAGUUAAAAACGUACAUCUAAAAACUAUUUUGAAUUAGGUACAUAUUCAAUUCUUUCUAGCGAAGUUGCAUAUAGUUUCAUUUGCUAAAUAACUAGGUCAGGUACUCUCAGUUAUUAAAUUUACCAGUGUGUAAAAAUAAAUAUAGAAGUAGUCGCGAUGUCGGAUAGUGGUGAGAGCGAUUUGUCUUGGGUCCUCUAUAAGGACAGGCCUGAAUGGAGGGACUUGCAACCAAUUCCUGAAGACGACGGACCUGCACCAGUGGUUGUCAUAGCACACUCAGAAAGAUUUGAGGAUGUAUACAAUUACUUCCGUGCAGUGCUGAAAAACAAUGAGAAAUCGGAGAGAGCUCUUCAUCUCACUAAAGAUGCAGUUGAAAUGAAUCCAGCUAACUACACUGUUUGGCAAUACAGGAGAGACCUUCUCCGGGCUUUGGGAGCAGACUUAAGAUCUGAAUUGGAAUAUGUUGAAGCUGUCAUUAAAAGUUCACCAAAAAACUACCAGGUAUGGCAUCACAGAAGAAUGUUGGUGGAAUGGCUGCAAGAUCCGUUAUUGGAGUUGGAGUUGACCGGAGAUGCACUACUACAGGAUCCUAAGAAUUACCAUGCCUGGCAGCAUAGACAAUGGGCUAUGAAAACAUUUGGCCUGUUUGACAAAGAAAUGGACUUUGUGGACAAUCUAAUCAUGGACGAUGUUCGUAAUAAUUCUGCGUGGAACCAACGGUACUUUGUUGUGAACAACUCUCUUGGCUGGUCGGACAUGAUUGUUCAGAAGGAAAUAUGCUAUACUUUGGAAAAGAUUAAAUUCGUGAAGAAUAACGAAAGCGCAUGGAGUUAUCUCAGAGGUGUGAUUCUACAUGACAAAAGAGGAAUGAAUGGGAAUGCUGUUGUGACCUCAUUCUGUGAAGAACUGUACAAACAUAAAUGCCGCUCGCCAUAUUUAUUAGCCUUCAUUAUCGAUGCGUGCGACGAAGCGAUAAAGAAAGGCGAGACAAACACGUUCCACAAUGCGGACAGAGCAAUUAUGCUUUGCCACUCUUUAAUUACUAAAUACGAUAAAAUUAGGUGCAAAUAUUGGAACUACAUUUGUGAUAAGUUCAAAAAACUGCAAAAGGUAGAGAAUGGUGUAGAAAAUCAUGAAAAUAAUAUCAGUGACUAAAUAUUAGAUAGAAUAUUCGUGCAGUACAUAUUUAAUAUUCGUUUAUCGUUCUGUUUUUUUUUUGCAAUAAUAAUACAUAAUUAUCUAUAAAGACAGCAAACAAUUACAAAAUAUAAAAAUCUUGAUUUUGGAAAUAUUUUUGCGGUAGUUUCUGAAAAGUCGAAUCCAGAAUUUACAUUUGUCCAGAGCGGUCGCUAGUUUUAGCUUCAACGUCGCCGUCAUAUCAGUGAUGAAUUUGUGCAGUAAUAAAUAAAAUAUGAAGUAAG